AUGCUACCCCAAGAGUCAAUCAACCGUAUAUGGAGAAGAUUCUCCAGACAUCAAUUCAAUAAAGCUCUCGCCAUCAUUCCGUUCGACCCUGUUCCGCCCCCAGUCAACACUGGUCGUUCCAAUAGAUUGCUCUCAGAGGAUUAUGGCCGUGCCGCGGCAGAGUGUCGACUGAAAGUCGAGAAGAUUGACAGGGAGUGCAAACGAGUGAACAUGCGGUAUCGCGAUCCCUACUGGGACUUGGAUUGGGAUUUUAAACACGAGAAAGGUCACUGCCUGAAUACUCUGGGCCAGCAAAAGUUCGAAUUGAGUGACACGUCUCUCUUGAGUUCAGAGGACAGGGUGCCCAAAGCCGUUAAGCGAGUGCAUGGAAUCUUCGAAAACCCUACCUUUAUGAAGAACAUUAACGGUGGCGACGUCAAGCAAGGGAAUCUAAGUGAUUGCUGGCUGAUGGCUGGCUUGAUUGCUCUAGCUAAUAUUCCAACCAGUCUUAAGCGAAUCUGCGUUGCCUACAACCUCGAGGUCGGCAUCUAUGGCUUCGUCUUCUACCGAGAUGGAGAAUGGAUCUACUCCAUCAUUGACGACAAGCUCUACCUGAAGUCACCCUGUUGGGACUCUCCUAGCCGCAGCGAGAUCUUCUGCAACAAGUUGGCCCUCUUCUUUGCCCAGUGCAAGGAUCAGAACGAGACUUGGAUCCCUCUCAUCGAGAAAGCAUACGCAAAAGCACACGGUGACUACGCGUCUCUCGCAGGUGGCUGGGUCGGCGAGGGCUUGGAGGACCUGUCCGGCGGUGUCACGACUGCGCUGUUUACCUCCGAUAUCCUUGAUAGAGACGAGCUUUGGAAUAAGGAGAUGUCAAAAGUGAACAAAGAUUUUCUCUUUGGCACCUCGACCGGCUACUUGGAAAAUGGGUAUGGCGAGCGUGAUGGUAUUGCAGAGGGUCACGCCUACAUCGUUCCGGAGGCGCGGACGCUCAAGAGUGGCCAACGUUUGGUGAAGCUACGAAACCCUUGGGCUGAUAUUCGUAAGGGUAUCUGGGAAGGUCCUUGGAGCGACGGCUCUAAAGAAUGGACGAAAGAAAUUCAAGAAGAACUCGGCCACAAGUUCGGUAGCGACUCUGUCUUUUGGAUCUCGUACCAAGACCUCAUGCGCAAGUAUUCCCACCUUGAUCGAACCCGGCUAUUUCGAGACAAUGACUGGCGAUGCUGUCAGCGUUGGAUCGGGGAGGAUGUCCCGUGGAAGGCAAAAUACCAUGAAAAGUUUCACAUUAGGGUAGCCAAAAGCUCACCUCUCGUGCUCGUAGUUUCGCAACUGGACGGACGCUAUUUCAACGGUCUCCACGGUCAGUAUUCGUUCCGACUACACUUCCGGCUUCACCAUCGAGAUAGCCCUGUCGCCGGCGAUUACAUUGCUCGGUCCCACGGUAACUACCUGAUGAAUCGAUCAGUGUCUGUAGAGAUCCCAGACAUCUCGCCGGGAACCUACGUCGUGUAUCUGAAGGUGACAGGCGAGAGAGACCUUUCUAAGCAGCCGGUCGAGGAGGUGGCCAGGCAUGAAUGUAUGGAGAGGUUCGAGAAUGACAAACUUGCUCAGGUUGCCUACGCUUAUGACCUAGCUCACAGCAAGGCCUUGGUUCAAAUGAGUAAGGUUGCCCAGCUGCGCCAAGAGGAGUCCCUGAGAAACGCUUCCAAAAGUCGACGAGAAGAGCGUCGUCGGCUGUGGGUGAAGCGCCACGCAAAGCGCCACGCCAUCAAAAUGCAGAAAAAGAAGGAUGCUGAGAAAAAGCAACGUCGGCGUGAGACUUCAAAGGCUGAACCGUCUCUACUUGAUAAGGAAUGUCGUGGGGAGGGUGUGUCCGAGGUGGGGGAGAAGAAGGGGGCGCUCACCCAAGCGAGGGUUGAAAAGAAAGAGAGAGGUAACGACGAUCAGAAGUCGGUGAGCAGUAUGCCCAGCUCCAAGCUCGAAGAACAGAAUAAUACCAGCGGAGCCGUAUUAAAAGAGAUUAUGCAAUCCCAGCACAAGGCGGUCAAGCUCUCUGGGGAGCCCUUUCAGGAACGUACCAGCGACGAUGGUACACCCAGCGGAACCGGCACCUCUACAACGAACUCUACCGACCAAAACUUGGGCCAAACAAGAAAAGGAUCGUUUCGGUCUAAACAAGAUGAUCGACUGUCUGCAUCGACUGGUUCGCCUCAGUUGAUCGAUGAAGGCGAUAAUUCCUCGGCAACGGCCAGAGUCACUGACCGGGAGAUAAUGUCAAAAGAGGAUGAACGUGAAAGAGAUCGAUCCUUAUACGACCCGGUGGACGACUCUUCAGACUCUCCAGUCGACGACUGGGAGAUGCUCAAUUGGCGACGUGGUGUUUGUCGCGACGAACAACGAGCUCUUCCCGCGUUCAUCACAUUUCGAGCAAACCCAGUAGGUCUGCAACGUCCGCAAAUCAGGGCUGACUUCAGUGAGCAAGAAUCCAUGGGCUUGAAUCCAGCUCGGCCGGCCUUUGCGAUUCUUGUUGGCAAUAUACUCCUCUGGUAUAUACCUCUUGCAGCCGAUCUGGACCGUUGGGAGGUCAGCAAGAGUCGUUCUCCCAGAUUCAGCCUUGAUGGACGCAGCGUCAAGCUGCUGUUUCAGCGAUUUGCGCUGGCUCUUAAUCCCCAGGAGCGUUUCUAG